AAACUUACCCCCACACAUCUCAUUGAAUCCCCCCUCUCCCCUUAAAGCUAUGCCCUCUAGUGUUUGAUUGUUUCCAUCCCGAGGGAAAAUGUUCUGACUGUCUGCCCUGUCUAUGCCUCUAAUACUUCUACCUGCUCUUCUCUCAGGCUCCAGCGUUACAAAGAAAACAGUCCACGUCUGUCCAACUUCUACCUAUAUCUGUUGACGUUGGAGCUGUGCAAACUCUAUAAAGUGGGUGUAGGUAGAGUGAUUCAGGUACUGUCUCGCUGUGAGUUAGUUGAGCUGACGUACAGCAGCACUGUGCCUGUCUGUAGGCGCCACUGUUGACGCCGAGGUUUCAACCGGGGCAAUUGACCCAAUCUACAGAGGAUUUCUCGAGUGAAUUUCCCCUCACUGGAUAUCUCUUCAGCAGGCUGACGUCAAAAUAACACCGAGGGGCGCAGGGCUUUAAAAGACCAGUUGCUCUCGCCGGCAAUGAGUACUUACAAGGCGAAGGAGCAGAGACCUUGCGAGCUGCAGACACGGGGAUAUCCCCUGCGUGGUUGAAUUCCACCUGAGAUCCUGCCUCAACUCCCAUUACCCGGUGCGGUUGGUUUCAGCGCAAGUUCAGGAGACUCGCUUUAUGUGUGUGUGUGCGAGUCGCUGAAAAAGUUUUCCCCAGUAUCUUACCUGCUGAAUCGGCGUCUCGGCGUUUGAAGUCAUGCACUGUCUGAAAUUAUCCACCAUCCUCCUCUUCGUCUCGGUAUCUCUCAGCUCGCUGGACCGGUUACAGGCUGUUGUCGCGAUCAGGGACGCUGUCGUUUCCAGUGACCCCGAUGCUGUGCUUCCUGGGUGGAAGUCCUGGGAGGUCCCUGUGCUUAGGAAGAGGUCUCCCUUUGGCUGGCCAGCUGCUUUACCUGCACAACAGCUUCUUAUGGCAAAGAGCUUCCGUGUUAAAAAGAGGAAGUGCAACACUGCCACCUGUGUGACACAACGUCUGGUGGACUUUUUGAGCCGUUCCAACAAGAAUCUGGGUGCCUUUUACACACCGACGAAUGUAGGUUCGAACACUUACGGCAAGAGAGACAGCGUGGGACUAUACAACAAAGAACUCCAGAGUUAACUCCAACGCUAGAACUCAGAGCAAUCCUGGUUCAUUCUUCUUCAAGUUAGUAGGUUCUUGUGAUAGCUCCAGACUCAGUAGAGGACGAAAGUGCUCACCUAUCAUAGAAUUUCAAGCAGUUGUGCUCUCGUUUCACUGUUCCUGCCGAUGGUUUUGCUAUGGAACAAUCAUAUGGAUAUGACCAGGUUUAUUGCUUUAUGUAAGAGAUCCCUGCAUGUUUUUAAUUUAAAGAAACCUGCUGGUAUUACUUGAAUUAACUGUAAUAACUAAGUUAUUUGGAUUCUAUUAAAGGCUAUUAUUGAGAAUU